AUGCAGUUACAGAUAUCCAAGUUCACGUAUGGCGGCACGUACCACUCCAAUGUGCGGCAAGCAACAUCCCAGCUCCGCUCGGUCUCCGGGAAGGCACAAAAAGCUGUGAACGAGGAGAUUCAGAAACGCAUCUGCAAUGUCUAUUCAGACGGCAAGAACCAUAUCUCAAUCACCGAAAGAGUGGCGACCAAAUGCAGCAUUUGUCAACUGCUACAAUGGGCCCAAAAAGGCGUGGGAUAUCAUUCAGACGAACUCACCUGUCUCGGGUCACACCCUGUAAUAGCCAGCCUGAGUCUAGGCGUGGAGCGAGAAUUUUGA